AUGCCGAUCAGCUCCACACGGGACGAUGCGCCUGGCUCGGUCAGUCACGGCUACUCAUGGGUCCCACCUGGAUUGACACGUAAGAAGUACCGACUGUUGCCCAUUGUGAAGGUUCUGUUCCUCAGCGACGCCAUGCUUGGUGACUCUGUUAUGAUCGGUUUUCUUUCCGAAGUUGCAAGAAUAUUUGCUAAUUCUAUGCAAACUCAGUGGAUUGUAGACGUAGAAGAAUACAUGGCACAGUUACCGAAUCACAUCGUACCGCGAGUGAACUCGACUGGUGAGAAGUACCGCGAGAAGCAGCUACUUACUCAACUACCACGACAGGACCUAUCGGUUGCCUACUGCCGACAUUUAGGGAAUAACACUGAGCGAAAGGUCUAUGAGGAAUUUAUUAACGCUCGGAAUGAAAUCGCUCUCGACAUUGGCUAUGUAGCAGCUAACAUACCAAAAAGGAUGGAAUGCCACAAGUGCUCCGGAAUUUUAGAAAAAAACGAAAUGGCAGUGAUUGCGCCAAAGCUCGGCGAAUCGACCGGCUGGCACCCAGCUUGCUUCACAUGUGCCACCUGCGAACAGCUCUUAGUUGAUUUGACGUACUGUGUGAAAGACAACCAGAUCUACUGCGAACGACACUACGCGGAAUUGCACAAACCACGAUGCGCAGCAUGUGAUGAGGUACUGUAG